GCUGAAUUACUGAGUUUUACUAUCGCUUGGUAGUUUCUAUGUACUUGUGAGAUAAUUAAUGUACUCAGAUGAUCUGCGAAUAGGUGUGCGAGGAAGACUGCAAUAUUGUUUACUAUAUCUGCAUGAUAAAUUAUGAAUAGGUAUGGGUUUAAUGAACUACCUUGUUGAAGGCCAAUGUGAGCCUGAAAUACGUAUGAUUGUGAGUUGCCGAAAGAGAUGUAGGUUUUUCUAUUAGUCAGUCAAGUACUAAGUGUUUUAAAUAAUUUUAGUUCGAUUUGCAUGUUAAACAGCUUAAUAAUAAGUCCCAUAUGCCAUAUCAGCUACUAUGCCUUUUUUUAGUCUACAUAGAUACCUAAAGUUGGUAAUAGAUCCUGCUAAAUUAUUUUGUUUAUCUUUUGAUUUAUUGAAAAUAGUCUGGUUUGUAACAAGUAACCAUUGCGGAAUCCGGAUUGUUUUGUCAGUAUUAUGCAAUUAAGUAUAACCCAUUCUUUUGCUCGUUCCGGUAAGAUUUUUUCAUAGAUUUUUGAAUGGGUAGCUAGCAGAAAGGCGGGACGCGUUUGUUCAUAAGCUGGAAUCCCGGAUCUCAAUUUAUCAUAUACGUCAAACUUGAAACUCGAAUUCAUUGAAAAUUGAAAAUUUCAAUUUUCAAAUUUUAAACCAAUAAAGAUUCGUGACCCACAUAUAUCGCUGUGAGUUGAAAGUUGAAAUUUUCUAUUUUCAACUGAAUUCAAGUUUCACGUUUGACACUACUGAUUUAUGUGUGCCGUGCCACUCCAUUAUAUGACUUUUUAAAGCUGCUAAAAAUCUUAUAUAUUCUCUGUAUCAUUCUAUUGAUUCUUGGUAUUCUAAUUGUUUCACCCAGUAUUAUUAAAGAAGGCAAAGAAGUAAUUCAUAAAUUUUCCAUCUAACUAUUGGAAAUUUAUUUAUUGUGUUGAAAUGUACCGUCUCAGAUUUAUAUAUCAGGCGCGAAUGAUGACUAGAUCCUAAUUCCAAAGUUUCCAUAGUAAUACCUUUUAUAUUGGAAAAAGUAAAGUUCAUAUUGCGAGACGUGCAUUUGAAUGAUUUAAUAGUACACGAAAUGUAUUGUGCACUAUUAUUUUCACUCCAUUUAUUUAAUAAUUUACCUCUCUUAUCUUCUUUUGAACUGUUCCAUUCAGACACUGGAUACUGAGUAGUAUACUUGGUACUUUUGUACAUUUUUACUUGAAAAUCUUAAGUACCGGCAGAGUGUCUAACGUUAAGUACCUCUAGCAAGAGCCCAGUACCCGAGGUACUUACGAUUUUUGAAAAGUACUGUGUUUGGUACUUAUAGGAAAAAAUCAAAGUAAUUUAAAGAUACUUUGCAAUCUAGAAAAUAUCCUUUGUUUAUUUUUUACGCCAUUAUUAAAAAGUUGUUUAUCUUCCUCUUGUUUAUGUUUGACUGGUAGAUGGAGACAAUAAUAUUUCUUUCUUUUAGUCCGAUCGAUCGAUCGAAUUGAAUUGAUUAAUGAUGAAUCAAUACUGAACUUUCUGUUCCUGUUUCUUCUUUUAGAUUUCAACAUUUUUAUAUUUAUCGUCUUCAGCUGCUUUGGUUAAAUAGUUAUUUAUUUAAUUGAUAUAUAUUUGUCAAGUUCAUCAAUUAAUUUCGUGUUAAAUAAUAAAACCAAGUGGGUUACAUUAGUAUCAUUUUUCACUUCUCUUAUUUUUCGUAUAGGAUUAUAUCAUAUUUUAAAUAUGAUAUGUUGAAACAGACAACUCUUGAUAAAUUACUUCGUUCAGCACCAUUAACAACUACUGUUAAAAAUGCUCAAAGUGAAAAAAAGUUAAAUGAUGGAACUUGUUUCUCAAAUAAUGAUGAUGUUAAUAAAACUUCACUUAAAGAAAAAGAAGUUAUUGCGAAUGAAAAUCAAGCUGAAAUUAUCAUUGAUUUAUCAGAUGAAAAUGAAACAUGUACAUCAUCAAAUAUAGUUGUAGAUCAUGAUUAUGAUCAUGAUUAUUCUAUACAAACAGAAAAUGAAGUAACAGUAACAAGUACAUCACCAGUUACACUGCCAAAGAAAAAAAUUGGUCGUUAUUUAACAACAUGGGGAACAACAACCAGAUACAUUUUAUAA